GCUGAUUCACUAUCGAUCACUCGGGAAAAGUCUGGAGGGCGGAGGGGGGAAGGAUAGAUUUCCGUACGGAGGACGAUCGCGUAGUCUGUGUGCGUGCAUGCGUGCGUGCGUGCGUGUGUGUGUGCGUGCGUGCAUAUGGUGUGGUCGGAGCACGGAUUGAUUUUCGCCUCGCCUCGCGCUCGCGCUCGGAGUGACCGUUUUGUGAAAAGAAGAACACUAAAACUGCGUGUUGAAUUCCAGAAAUCCAAACAUACACACACAUACACACACUUUCUCUUUUUCACCUCCAGGACUCAGAUCUCUACUUCGAUUGUUUGCUCGUUGUGUUUUCGGGGCGCGGAUGGUGAGAAGCUGCGAUUGAAUGCCUUGUGCAUGGAGGAGUGAAGUUGGAGGAAGAAGAAGAAGAAGAGGAGGAGGAGGAGGAGGACGGGGAAAGCGGAGCUCCGGUUGUUGACUCGUUUGCGUGACGCGCGGAGUCUCCGGGUCGCUCCCCAUCGCGCGCUGGAUGGAUGGGCAUGGGGCAAACGGGAUCUUACUACCGCGGGGCUGAGCGCCUUCUCACCGCCUCUCUGCUGCUUCUCAUCACCCUCUCACUGCUGCUCCAGACUGGUGAAAGUCAGGUCCAGACUCCGCAGUGCCGUAUCCAGAAGUGCACCACAGACUUCGUCUCGCUCACGUCUCACCUGAACCCGUCUCUGGAUGGCUUCGAUACUGAGUUUUGCAAGGCGCUGCGGGCCUACUCGGGUUGUACACACCGCACUGCCAAAAGCUGCAGGGGCAACCUGGUUUUCCACUCGGCCAUGCUGGGCAUUAGUGACCUCAUGAGCCAGAGGAACUGCUCCAAAGACGGACCAACGUCCUCCACACACCCGGCCGUUUCUAUCGAGCCCUGCAACUACCACAGCCGCUUCCAUCAUCAUCAGGCUGCACCAACUGCCACAGGCACAGGAGUCCCCGGUGCACCGGAGCACGCACGGCCCAACUACCUGUUCUGUGGCCUGUUUGGAGACCCGCACCUUCGGACUUUUAAGGACCAGUUUCAGACGUGCAAAGUGGAGGGGGCGUGGCCUCUUAUUGAUAAUAAUUACCUGUCAGUGCAGGUAACGAAUGUGCCAGUGGUGCAGGGAUCAAGUGCCACAGCAACAAACAAGAUCACUGUCAUCUUCAAACCGUAUCAGGAGUGCACAGAGCAGAAGGUGUACCAGGCGGUGACGGAUGACCUGCCAGCGGCGUUCGUGGACGGCACUGUUGUAGGUGGCACUAGUGAGAUGCGCAGCCUUGUGGUGCUGGAAAAGCUGGCGGGUCGCCAUGUGGAGCUGCACGCUGCCUACAUCGGUGUUACGGUGGUGGUGCGCCAGCUGGGCCGUUACCUUACGCUGGCCGUACGCAUGCCCCACGAGCUUGCUAUGGCCUAUGAUGACACUCAGGACCUACAGCUGUGCGUGAACGGCUGCCCCGCCUCAGAACGCAUCGAGCUGCCUGCUCUCGGCCUCCAGCAUGGCAGCACUCCCGCUCUCCCUCCUCUCUCUACUCCUCAGCAGGCCUUCAGUCUCGAGAGCGCCUCCAGGAAGUGCAGUGAGCAGCUGCAGGUCCAGGACAUCUAUUUCCACUCAUGCGUCUUUGACCUGCUCACCACCGGCGACGCCAACUUCACCGCCGCCGCCUACAGCGCCCUCAAGGACGUGGAAGCGCUGCACCCCGAGAGGGAGCGCUGGCACAUUUUCCCUCGUUCCACAGCGGGUUUAAGACUGACAGCAGCCCUGAAUGCACUUCUCGUUUGCUUAUUCGCCGCUGCACUUUUGUAAACAGCGUGGCCAGGACUGACUCGACUUUCGUAAUAAAAUUCACGGAAGCACGAGGAGACUUUGUAAACAAUCAGAGCAUUACUUGUAUAUAUUGUGUAGACGGAGGAGACAGGAGACGCUCCUUUGUAUGACUGUAAAUUUGUGUACAUGCCAUUUUCAGGAGAGCUGUGGUGCUCGGUGAAUUUUUUUAUGUGUGUCAAAUUUUUUGUGACUUUUGUUUUGGUGUCGUCCUUGCGAGAGGAAGUCUGAAUGGAAGCACUUUAUUUUUUAUUUCGUUGCGACUACAGAACAGUGUUCCACAGAACCGCAGAGCUCAAUAGUCUUGGAUAGCUUGUCUUUUUAAUACCCGCAGGCGCGUUUUCAUUCUUUUUACUUGUGUCUGUAUGUAGAUAGGACAUGUCUGACCAUGGUACUCCACAGAACAAGUGAACGGUUGGUUAUUUCAAGAGUGCAGUUCUUAGUACAGUAGUGAAUAGUAACGUGGCUAGAUUUCCAAGGAUCACGGUCGUAACACGUCCACAAUAUCGGUCUAGAUAUCAUUUC